CGCUUUAAAUGUUGAUGGCGCGAGGAAUUGUGGGACAGCAUUACUUCCUUUCCGUUCAGAAAGGAUGGUCCAGUGUCUUUGCAAAAUGCGAUUAUAGCCUUUAAAAAAGCAUUUAAUUAAUAUAAAGAGUAGUGGAAGAGCUAUUUUUAUGGCUGUUAGAUAUUUACGGCACAAUUCAUUAAGUCUGAAACAUUUCUAAUAAAAAAGGACUAUUCGAUCGCAGCCUUUAGUUUCACUUCCAAAACGAUGGCAGAGACGUGUUUUGUUUUGGGUUGCAACGCUGCAAAAGGAGAACUUGUGAGCGUCCAUGUGUUACCAAAGGAUCUGCAAAUCCGAGAGAAAUGGGUGCAGUUUAUUUGGAAAAAUCGCAGUGUGCCUGACAAACUUCCAGAGAAAACUCGGAUUUGCAGUAGCCAUUUUCCAGAGCACUGUUUUGAAAAUUUUACCCAAAAACAAAUGGGUUUUGCCACAAAACUGGUGCUGAAGCCAGACGCUGUUCCAUCCAUUUAUCCCGGGGACACAGCGAGUACGAGCCAAUAUGGUGGUCAACCCGGCAUCAGUGGCAGUUUCUGUCAAACUUUGCCUGCUGUUAGACACGUAGCCUGCCAGACUGACCCUCCAGAGACAAAAUCAGUCAGACCCGUCAGAUCAGUCGGCACGCAGCUAUCCAUGAAAACGCUGCAGAAUCACUUUCGAAGUACAGCUACCCAGGCCAAAAUACCCAGCAGAGAUUGUGGCGUGUGUACCCUCACCUUCCCCUUGGACAGUCCAUUGCUGUUUCUACAACCCACAAUAGUAAAGAGACCAUCCAAGAGACCUCGACUCAGCCUUACAGACGAGGAGGAAGGCCCUUAGGAAUGAGCUCGUCUAUGGUGUAUCAACCAGACGAUUCAGUGUGACUCUGAGGACUCUCACUGGCUGUUUCUACCUUUUCAGAAGUCUCUUUACGGAGAGGAGUUGGUGAAUGAAAAAGCAAGUGGAUGGAACAAUUAAGACAACUGAAAACUGGAGCAAGGCCCCGGGCUCUCCGCUGCUUUUUUAGAACUGUUUAAUAAUAGAUAACUGAACAUCACAAGGCAUCUAAUUAUCCUGUUCGGUUACCGCUGUUUAAAAAAAAGGGGGAUGUGUUUGUGGUCUGCCUGGCCGAUGGUUCAAAUAUUUUUCUGUUCUUUUUAUUUUCAGUUCCUCUUCUGCAUGUUACACCACAAUGUCUUUCUGAGUACAAUGUGAUUUCACUUCUACUAAAACUGGACAGAAGUGGAGAAGAUGUUUGCACCGCGAAAGCCACAAAGAUCACUGCUACUUAAGGAAUGGCGAUUUAAAAUCAACUCAUGGAACUAGU